CUGAAACCAGUACCAGUGUUUGCUCAACACCCGCCCAGAAAAGACGUUGCUGCUCAUAACACAAGCGAAAUUGGAAUUCAAGUUUCAAAGUGCGUCUGUUUUGCAAUUAAAUCAGCAAACCGUCAAGACAAUUUAACCCCUGCCCAAAUUUGGUAAGUGAAAUCUUUCAAGUUAAUUUUCUUUCCCAAAAUGAAGGUGAAACUAUUACUACAUGAUUUAUUUCGCUAUUCUAUUCUAGUAAAAUCAUUUCCCUGCUUCUUGCGGUAACAUUCAAACAUUUACUUCACUUAAAGGUUAAGUUUUGUUAGGGACUUUGGUUAUGCAAUAAGUCUCGUCUAUUUCUUGUUGCCCACUCCCAAGGCCACUAGCCAGACUAGUCUAACCGAGUUGAGUUGAACGGCGCCCACUUCUUGCUAUGUUGCUCUCGUCUGGAAUAUUCAAGAAUAAGAAAAUACCCUUUUAAGGAUACCCUUUUAAGUCACCUUAAAAGAGAAACGACUCGUCCAACAAAAGUUGAUAUAAGCUAGACAAGCCAUUUCAAGCAGCAGACAGGAUUUCUAAAUCGUGGCUUGUAUAAUCGAUUAUUCGACAAUUCAAAUUUAGAUUUUUUGUUAUUUAUUUUUGCAUAGUAAAUUUCUCUAAGAGAUAUGUUAAGUGAAUCUGUUGACGAAUACGAUUGGAAUUGUACAUUGACCAUGGACAUUCGUUCUAUAAGAAACAGUCGCGUUCAAAAGGGAAAAAACAAACAGAAAAAAAAGAACUAUUAAACUGUUGUACGCCAGUACAUUCGCCCGACCCAAACAUAGAUUCUUCUUCUACCUUCAUGGAUCGUCCAGUCCCCAGUUUUAUAAAUAGACGUAGGGUUUUUAUAACUAAACGUCAAGGCCACAGUUGUUUACCCGCAUUUUUGCAGUUUCUAUGGUAGAAGCGCGGAGAGAAUUUUAUGACUGGCGCCUGUGGCAGGAUGUUGCAGAUAAGAAAAAGAGCCAAGAUUCAAUGUGGCGCUUUUAUAAAAAAGAAAGAAGAAACUGAAACCACCAGUGUUUACUCAACACCCACCCAGAAAAGACGUUGCUGCUCUUUACACAAGUGAAAUUGGAAUUUAAGUUUCAAAGUGCGUUUUUUUGCAAUCGAAUCAGCAAACCUUCACGACUCUUUAACUCCUGCCAAAAUUCGGUAAAGUUCAUUUUCUUUCCCAAAAUAAAGUUGAAAUUAUUACAUGCAUUAUUUAGUCUGUAGUCUGUAGUAAAAAUCAUUUUCUGCUUCGGUAUAUAACAUUUAAACAUUUACUUAACUCAAAGUUUUGGUUUAAUUAGAGACUCAGGCUACUCAAUAAGUUUCGUCUAUUUCUCGUUCGACACUCCCAACGCCACAAUCCGAAUAGUGUAACAAAGUUUAACGACUCCAACUUUAGUUGCUUUAUUGCUCUCGUCUGGAAUUUUCAAGCGUUGAAAGCAUUUCAACGAAUAAUAUUAGCAGCUGCAGGGCUCCGAUAACAUCGUCUCGUUCUGAUCGCCUGCGCAACCUUUUUUUUUUAUUAUUGAUGUAAAUAAAGCCAUCAAAAGAAGGAGAGGAAAAAAGAACCUUUGAUCUAUAGUCGACAAAGUCCUGUCGCUGAAACUCUCCAACUCCAAUCACGAAGCUAUGGAAAUCGGUUGAUGGUAAUAUUAACAGCAAAAUUUUUUAUUUAUUUUUUUUUACUUUGUUUUAUCCAUUUCAAAACGACGUCAUUUACAGUUUAAAUAUUCCAACUAGUGUCGCAUUGGGAGUUGGUUGGUCACAGCUAUCAAACACUUUUUGCACUUACACGGUUUUAAAGAUUGAAGCUCUAGUUAAGUAGUUAGUGAUACAUUUCGCUAAUUUAAAUGCUAUUGAAAUAAUAACAACGACUAGCAAUAGGAUAACAAAUUUUUGUUUUCAUGUUCUCACUCUGACAGUCUCACUUGCCUUUACCAGUUGGAGGUAUAUUCUAUUAGAUAAACCACAAUGGCUGCAGCAGAUACAAGUCCUGGCAUGACGCCAUCAGACCGUUACACUGAACAACAUGCCGCGGAAGAAAUGAAAAAAUGGGUUGUUAACGAACUGAAUGCUGACGUCGAAACGAAAUUUUACGAAGAUGCCGUCAAUCACAUCGAGUCAAUUGUAGGACGUCAAAUCUCUUGUUUGGAAACCACUUGGGUUGAGAGGCAAUACGUCAAAAUUGUCUUGGAAAUGUGGUUUCGCGCGUGUUUUGAAAAGGCUUUUACUGAUCUGGAGAAAUCGUUCGAUUUCAACACCCAAACAUCCGAGUUAUUACAGCAGCUGAAACCCAUCAAUUCCUUCGAAGACAUUCAUCACAAAUUAACAGCUGAAUCAAAGCUGCGGGACUGGUGCAAGUCUCAAUAUCUCGAACUGAUACUCGGUCAGCCGUCUCUGUUCAAAACGACUCCCCGUUUCGCCAUCCUUGUUCCCAGUUAUUUCCAACAUUUUAAGUCGUCACUGACCAAUCAAAUAUUAUCCCGGUAUCGAAAGGACCUCACUGACGACCAAAUUGACAAAUUGAUCCGACAGAUUGACGAGAAAGAGGCCCAACUUCAUCGUUUGUCAUGCCAACGGAGUCAACAGCGAGAAGAAUUCAGACAAUGUUACGUCAAGCCAUCGGCAUCAAGAACAACUAAGGUUCAAAAUUCGCUCAGCUCUUUCACUGUGGGGCAAAGAGGGUGCCGACCAGCAGUGGACUUGCACUUCCAGCAUCUUUCGUCUAAAAUCACCUGUCUCGAUCUCUUACCAACGGUUAACGGAAAUGACAGCGCCCUGCACAGCAUUUUGGGAAGAAUGAAUUCAGCCGGAUUGUACGUAUGUGCAGAUACGAACAAGUUUCGGCAACAAAUUGUCGAUUUCUUUCACAACAAAGAAAACGAGGCCAAUCAAAUGAUCGCCGUCAGGAAUUUUGUGCUGCGACAAAAUGAUGGCAAAGCCUUUCCCUACGCCAGCGCCAGGAAGAAGGAAUUCUUGACAUGCAGACAACAGAAUGACGAUGAGAGCCAAUUCGAUUGGCUACAACCACCAGAACUAUCAGAAGAAUACGUCUGUUUCAUACAGUCAUCUUUAGGUGAAUUGGACUUGCCCGAAGUGGAAUUUCUAGCUGAAGUCCUCCACAUAACAAUUUACGUCUACGAAGACCAAAAUGAUUCGUCGUCAUUCAAGCACAAAAUAACUUUUAAUCCUAACUCUUCUUUAAAACAAAAUCACUUUGUCCUGUACAAAGGUGAUGGUGAAUGGCAACGACUAAAAGCCAAUGACAGCCUCCACCAGUUUUGCAAUCAAUUACCAAUGGACUUGUUACAGUCUGUCACGCAGCAAACCAAUUCUUUUUCUACUUUGAAUGGCCUGUUGACAAAAUGGAACCAUCACGAUCUCAUCGCAUCUAUUGACAUGCUGAAUCCAGAAGACGGUGUCACACCCGAUAAAUUGUCUCAACUUUUGUUGGAAAAGCAUUUCGAUCAAUUACCAACAGCAGAAGGAGAGAAAAAUGAUGCGGCGAUUCAAAGACAACUAGAGCAACUUGCACCUGAUAUUCGCUUAUUAACUGAAAGGGUGUUGGAGUACAACAAAAGAAAUGUUAGUCCCGUUUUCUACCUUUACAUAGUUUCGAAAUGUACUGAUCCAAAAGACUGGAAAUAUGAAUUCCUUUUGCUGGAAAUGGAAGAGCGGCUGACGGAACUGCCGAAGAACAGAAGCGUUUGGAAGGAAGAAAUACUGGCGAGUCUAAAAAAUCUAGACGAUCAAACAAUGGCCCUAAUACGAAACAGUCUCAUCAUGGCAACUGAUUUCGGUGAUUGCACUUUCAGCACGAUGGAACAGAUCUUGAAAAUGUUACCGGUAAAAUCCGAAUCAGAUGAAAUAGGCUCAGAGAACGUCGAUCAACUCCCGAUUGAACUUCUGAGUCAACUUCCACUAAACGACUGGCUGUACGAGUUAAGAAGCAAAAUAUGGGAGAAAAAAGUAAAUCAAUUGAAUGCAGGAGAUCUAUUACGUCAUGGAGAAUUGGAGACACUAAUGAAAGAGGCCGUCUAUUUGCUGCUGGAGUUGGAAUACCAAAAAGGAGAAAAGAUUUACGACACCGAACUUGUAGACAUCAAGGAGCUACCCGAGUUAGUAGAUAAACUGAGAAAGACUCUCUAUCCGUGCACGAAUUCGACAGAAUCAAUGAAAGAGAGAAACUGGGAAACGAUAAUGUCCAUAGUAGAAGAAGAAGAGCAGAGAAAACCAGUAGAAGAGAGAUUUGAUCAACAAUUUUCUAAUAUCUUUCAUAAAAUCAAAAACAACAUGAUACAUUUGGAACAACGAAACUUAAAACAAAAACAAAAAAACGAAAAAACAAAAAAGAAAACCGGAGAACGAUUAAAUGAACUGAUUAAAACACUUAAAGAUAACAUGAAAAAAUUUUACUCUAGAAAAUGGGACACAAGACAAAUAGAAGUGGAGGGAAGCGAAUCGUCGUUUUUGUUGGCCGAAUAUCUCCACGUCUACGACAGUGUCGUCGAACUCGUGAUGGGGUUUACACUGCGCGACACACAGCGAGUGGCCAUCAUGUUUUUGCUCAAAGAAUUUCAGACUGAGAACAAUAUCCUCGUCCAGGUAUCGACUGGCGAAGGAAAGUCGUUGAUCGUCGCGGGCGUGGCCAUUUUCUGCGCUCUUUCCGGACAGAAAGUUGACGUUGUCACGAGUAACGACGUGCUAGCCCUACGUGACUCCACCUUGUCUAAGGACGACGGUGGUCUGAGGGAACUCUACGAGUUUUUUAAAGUGGGAGUGGCCAAUAACUGCAGCCAAUCACAAGACGAUCGCGUCAAGGCGUACAACGCGGACGUCGUCUACGGAGAACUGGCCAAUUUCCAGCGUGACUACUUGUUGCACACCUUCUAUGGUCUCAAUAUUCGCGGGGAUCGUAAGCUGGAUUUCAUCAUCGUUGACGAGUUAGACUGCAUGUUGCUCGAUCGCGGCAGCAACAUCCUUUACCUCUCGCACGACAUACCCGGAAUGGAAAUGCUCGAGUCUUUGUACGUGUUCAUUUGGGAAAGAAUUCAAACAUCCGUCCAAUUGGAUGUCAUCAAAUCACAAGUCCUCUACGAUCUCUACGGUGCGAUCGGUAAGAAAGAUUUGGAGACAAUUCACGCCCCAUUGAAAGAUAAACCAACGGAACAGAAUGAGCUGUGGCAUUACCUCAUUCAGGCCAGAAUUAUUGACCCAUAUGGACGUUUGCUGAUUAAGAACGUGGAAGAAAACAAGAUCGAUUGUAAAGAUAAUCCAGUCCUAAAUCCAAAAUUGAUCUUCUUCUUUCGCAAAGUCAUCGAGCGCGAGCGUCACAUCCGAAUCCCCGAGCACCUGCUGGCCUUUGUCGAUCGACAUUUGGACACUUGGCUGGCCAACGCCUUACGGGCUUUGGAACUGAAACAAGACGAGGACUACGUCAUCGAUCAAGAUCGAACAGACACAAGUCCGGAUUUAAACCCCCAAGUGAUUAUCAUCGAUCCUGACACCGGAACGGACCAAACCACGUCCCAGUGGGAUGGAGCCCUGCACCAAUUCCUCCAGUUAAAGGAAGGCUGCAAAUUAACGCCGCAGAGUCUAAAAGCUGUUUUCAUUUCCAACGAGGUGUACAUAAACAAAUACGCAAGGUUAGCCGGUGUGUCAGGAACGCUGGGAUCCCAAAAGGAGCGAAAUUAUAUGAUGAAUUCCUACUAUUGUGACUACGUUUCCAUCCCAACGGCCUUUUCAAAACGCUUCCGUUUCAAAACGCCCAAGGUUUUAAAGACAAAGGAGAGUUGGCUGUCUUCCAUCAUCAAUGAAAUACGAGAGACGGUUCUUACUCCGAACGAGGAAGAGGCCCGUUCUAUCGUCAUAUUUUGCCAAACCAUCAAAGACGUCAACGUCAUUCAUAAUCACCUGAAAAUUAAUCUCCCACAACUGAUUGCAAACAAAAAGGUUCAUCGUUAUACCCGUGAUUACGAGCAAUUCACUUUUGAAGCCAAACAAUUGGAAAUCGGCCACGUCAUCAUCGCCACCAAUUUGGCCGGAAGGGGAACGGACAUCAAAAUCAGCGACGAAUUACUCAAAAAUGGAGGUCUCCACAUUUGCAUGACCUACUUGCCGCUGAACGAAAGAAUCUUCAUGCAAGCAAUGGGCCGUUCGGGAAGAAAUGGAGCACCCGGCAGUGGAAUUCUCAUCCUCUUCCAAUGCCAUGACGGGAUGAAAACAAAAGAAACACAAGAGCACAGUACAGACACUGAAUUGUCUGUUGCAAAGUUUUUUAGCAUGAAAGAUGAGUGUCACCGAGAAGAAUUGCAGAGAAUCGCUCGACUGCAAGAAGAUUGCAAGAGCACAAAAAAUCAAAUUAGAUGUUUUGACAUUUUCUCGAAAAAGUACGCCGAUCUGAAGAAUCAAAUGAGAGACAAGGAAGAUGUAGAGAUCCGACUUAUGUGUCACAGCGCACUGGACCAAUGGGCCUUGUGGCUUGAUGAAACGGAUGAUGUGAAAAUGUUUAAUCACACAGAAUAUCUCAAGGCCAGUUUAAUAAACAAACUGCAACUUUCUGAAUCCCCGAGCGACAUUAGCUGGAUGCUACCUGGCCGUUCUGUUGCUCUGGCCAAACAUUUAGCACAAAAAAAGUGGGGAAUAAAUUUCGCCAAGGUUUUGCCACAAGUCAUCACUGGACCAAACAAAAAAGCGGAAGCAAGGAAGAAUUCCGCAAGCCUUUUAGAAAAACUAGUUCAAUCAAGCGACGCCUUCUUCUAUCCUGUCGCUCCCUAUUAUCUCGCAUUUCUCACCAUCAAAGAAAAGAAAGGGGAAAAUAAGCAAACUUGUAUUAUAAAAAAGAUGUUACGAAGCAGUGAAACGAUUUUGAACGAGCACAUUCGCAUGCAAAUGUCUUUUUAUCGCAAAAUCAACCAAAAUCUCAGUCAAAGACAUUCAUUCUGCGUCACCAAUGCCUACAAUCAGCAAAAAGUCAACAUCGCAAAUCUCUUAGGCCAUUAUAUCAAUUCCAUCAGGACCCUGCUGGGCAGUCAUUACUGCUCCGCUUCCGAUCUGGAACAAGCCGGAAUCGAUGGCCAAAAAGUGGACACAUUGUUUGAACAACUGAAAACCGAUUGCAUCGUCCAGCCAAAGUUAAACGAUGACGAAACUGUUCCGAAUAAAAAAGCUGCUAUCCAGCAUGUAGCCAUCAUCCAUAACGUUGACAAACCAACGUCGCUGGAAGAAAAUCUGUCGUCUGUUUUUUAUAAAGUAUCCAAUCCAACAUGGGAUGAAAAAAAGAUUGAGAAGGAAAUAAAAAAAGAAAUUGAAAUUUCCUGCACCAGAAAAUCUUUUUGGAAGAACAUGGUCAAAAAAAGAGUUUUGAAAGAUGCAAUCGAUUUUGUCAUCAUGGACGAAUCAGAGUGCGACAUUGAACCUAAACUUGAUCGAAAAGAGAAGUUGAUAAUCGACUUUACAUCCAAAGAUUACGUUUUCUUUAUUAGCCCAAUGCCUUACACAGCGGAAGAAAUGAAAAAGAAAAUUGUGUUUCGGGAAAAGUACGUCAAAGAUAUUCUAAAGGAAAAUGACUAUCGUCGCAGGAAGAAAACAUUCGAGCUCAACAAAAUGGGUCGCCUGAACCUAACCCAACUCAAAGAAUUCAAUGCAAUAACAAAAUGCCAGUACCAGUUAAUGGAAGACGACUUGCGUGGCAUCCAUAUCGAUCCAGUUGAACGCAAAAAUAUUUUGGCUGAAUUGGAAAAUCAGAAAAUAAUCGAUCGACAAGGAUAUCUCGCCCCAGACUACAACGGCCAGGAGUUCUGCUACCCACAAUGUCCCGCUUAUGAAGACGCAGUCAUGGGUCUGUUGGGGAGGAAUUUCGCAAUCGAAAUCGUCAUACGGCAAUGGCUUAAGUCGGAAGAAGAUUCUGAAUUACUCAAAGCUAUCGAACUGCUACCACUGAAUCCUCAUCGAAACCUGUUGGCCGAUUUGAUGGCGGCUCACGUCAUCGCCGGUGCUCGAGUGAGAGACGACGUUGAUCUCAAACAAGCGAUCGAAAAAAUUACCGAAGACAAGGCGGAACGUGAAUGCCUUAUGAAGUAUCUGAGAAGUCGCCAAGCUCUCUACGUUCCUACCAAAUCCCCCGACGAUUUCUCUCUCGACUUCAUCGAACGUGAAAUCCACACAAAGAAAGGCAUGGACAAUGUCUCGACUGAACUCUUCUUAUUCGGUCUGGUAGGGUUCGACAAUCACAUCAUCUACAAAAACAAAUUGUCGUUUACGGCUUUCAGCCAGGCGUUGAUCAGCAUUGUAGUUGGAGGUGGUCUAAUGGUUGGUGGAUAUCAUCUCGACAAAGCAUUAGGUCUAGGUGAUGUACCGAGCCUGUGUGGCGUCAAUUUUCUCGUUACGAAAGGUACAGCUUCUUUGUUCAAUGGCAUCGAGACUUUCUUGUUACGCAACAAAUCGACGUGGUCCGACUACCGUCGUCAAAGUAUCAUGAAUCUCGUGGGGAACCCAGCUCCCUUUGAAAAGAUGAGCACUAUUUGGAAAUUAUUAAAAUCCAGAAAAUCCAUGAAUCAAACGUCAUCUCCUCCCAGAAGCUUUAACGAACAAAAUACAAUUCUGACAGAAAAUCAGAAUGUCAGAAUCGUAGCAACAACUAAAAGUAAACUCAACCAUCGUUACAGAAAUCUUGUUGGCAAUCUCAUCGAGACAAUUAAUGAAACUGUCGACAGCAACACGACACAAAUGAAGGAAACGCUCAUUAAGGUUUGGCAGUCGCAUAAUCAUGAAGAUAUCAAACGUUUGGUCAAAGAGAAAAUGGAAAAACUCAAAACAGAUUGGUUUGAAAAAGGUGAAAAAUGGGUUUCCGAAGUGAAACAAGUCGUAUUACGGGAAGCAACACUCGAACCAGACAAACAGAAGCCCACCAUUCCUACUGAACAUUUGGAAGACUUUACAUUAAAAAUUCGUAUGGUCCACGUAACGGUGGAGUGCCUAAAGCAAUUUCGAUCGGAGUUGGAAAUCGCAAAUCUGCAGUUGCCAUCUGCAUCGACUACCGAUCAUUUUGCCGUCGAAAUGGGGGAGCGUUUUUACAAGAAAGUUGUCGAAAACAUGAAAUCUGAAUUGACCAGAAAAGCCGAGCAGAUAAUGGAAUUAUUUCCAACAGAAUUAGACUUAAGUGAACAUGAAAUCCUCACACUGAAAGGCAUGGACAACAUCUCGGCCGACCUCGACAUCUUCGGUCUGGUAGGGUUCGAUCAACACAUCAUCUACGAAAACAAAUGGUCGCCUAAGACUGUCAGCCAGCCGUUGGCCAGCAUUGCUGUCGGAGGUGGUCUAAUGGUUGGUGGAUAUCAUCUCGACCAAGCACUAGGCGAUCUAAUAAGAAUGCUCGAUAAUAGAAAAAAUAUGAUAUGCUCGGGAAAUUUCGGUGCAGUUUUCCGUGGUUUCUUCAAUGAAAAACAAGUUGCCAUCAAGCGAGUUCCAACUGACAAAAUCGAAUUCCAGGAAAAGGAAGAAAAAAUUCUUUGUAGAUUCGAUCAUCCCAACGUCAUCAAACUUUUGCAAGUCACGCAAAAUGUCGAUUUUCGAUUUUACGUCUUUGAUUUGGCCGCUGGUACCGUCGAUGACUUUUGCGACCGCAUUUACAGAGGGAAAAUGCCAAGUGACGACGAAGCCCUGAAGCAGAUGGCCAGAGGUUUACUGUACAUUCACGGCAAGCAAUUCGCCCACCUGAACAUCAAACCUUCCAGCGUUUUUAUUUCAACGUCAGAGCCCGUUCGAUUGAUGAUUGCAAAAUUCGGCUCGUGUGAGGCUACGACUGACACAGGAACAUUUUCGAUUGGACAUGACAACAAAGGCGGCGCUGCCGAUUGGAUGGCACCGGAAAUUUUGGAAUAUUUCGAUCAUUUCGAUGCUGAUAGCGACGAUGAUGGGAAAAAGCCAGUCAACGUCUUUAGCAUCGCGAGCGAUACGUGGUCACUUGGAUGCCUUUUCUUCUACUUUCUAACGAGAGGGAUUCAUCCUUAUGGGGAAGAGGAUGACACCAUUCGAUGGAACAUUGUUGUGGAACAAAACCCUGUCGAGCUUGAAACCAUGCAGGCGUCAAACCAUGAGGAGAGUAAAGUUUACGAGUUGAUUGGUGACAUGAUCGACACAGAACCGGAAAAACGAAUUUCACUUGAAACUGUCGUUAAGGAACUAGAGACUUUGUUCCCCCCAUUUGCAACGAGUCAAGAAUACAGAAAACACGUCCAACCAACGCAAGAUGGUAACGACGAUUCGUCGCAGAAGUCAAGUAGUACAAGUCAAGACAUUGAAAGAGGAAAAGUUUCCAAACCUACUGUAUCUUGUGGAACUUCUUUUGAAAACAUAGAUGAGGUGGUCGAAGGGAAAACCCCAGAUGCGCACGAUAAGGACGACGAUAAAAACGACAAGACAAGACUUAAAAAAGAGGUGGAAUGUUGCAAUCAUUGUGACAAAAAAUUUAAACUAAUAAAUAAGACUAUGGAAGAACUUAAAAAAAGUACAGGAAACGCCCAAGAAAAGUUAGGUAAUCUGAUCGAAUCGGCUAUCCGCUCUAAUUUGCGAUCAAACGAAAGAGGAGAAGCUCGCAACAUUUCUUCAUUACACCAACUAGUCAAAUGCUACGGCGAAGCUCAAGAUGAGGACUGGACGGAAACGAACACAUUCCAAAGUUGUAAACGUGUCGUCGACCAUCUCAUAACCGAAAACACCGAGAAAGAAUUUUUAAAUUGGUAUUAUGAAGAAGCGAAGAAUCAUCUAAAAAAUGAACCGGGACUGAACGAGCAAAUAAAAAAAUUAUCUUUUCUCCAUCAAGAGGGGGAAAUGGAAUAUAGCGUUGUUAAAUUCUAUAAAGGCGGAGCGCUCCAAAACUACCUGUCAGUCCCGAUCAGUAACUGGGACGAUUAUUAUAAACCUUCCGGUCCAAUUUUCCUUCUCGCAUUGUAUCAGAGCAUUAAAGGUAAAACCGAUUUGUUAUCUUUCCCACCGCCCGGAGUUUUAACCAUGGAUGAUCCAGUAAAGAUUUCGCGUGCAAAUUCCUCCGUACACAUCGAAGUAGGCGAAAUCAAAUCGACCUACAAAGACGAAGUCAUCAAGAAAGCCAUGUUGCAAUUGCGACGAAGCCUUCUCUGCUUCAAGUGGCUCGACGAAUUGCUUUCAAAGCAAAACCCUUCUUACGGACUCAUUGGAAAUAUUUUCAUUAACGGCAACUGUUCAGCAACACAGAAGAAAAGUGUGACUGGAAAAAGAAAACUCACAGAUUAUUUGGAAGAAGAGGAAAUAUUAAUCAAAUACAAAUACAAAAUUUACAAAUAAUAAAAUCAACAAGGGGUUGCCGACUCAUUUUCCCCUGGUUCAGUCGAUGGGAAAUCGGAGAAAAAUCGGGGAAAUUUGGGAAACAUUUUGGAUAAAAAUGAGGAAAAUUGGGAAAUAUAAGGAGAAAAUCGGGGAAAUUUUUCUCUUGGUUCACUUGAAAAAAGAGUCGGCAACCCCUUAUCAAACAAUAAUUUCAACACUCAAUUUUGGAACCUGAUAA